AUGUUAGCAUGUUAUAAUAUUUGUGAUGCUAAAACAACUUUUUUUGUUCUUAUAUUAACUUCUUUUGACAAUUAUCGCAAAUCCACAGAGUUAAAUGAAUUUAACAAAAAGCAAAAAUUAAAUGAUAUUACAUUCCCAAAAUUAGUAUAUAGAAUAACAGUUGUCUUCCUAUUAUUAAAUGAAAUUGCAAAAACUGAAUUUCAAGAAUUUGAUAAGCUUUAUCCAAUUGAAUAUUAUAUAGGUCCCAAGUGGGUACCUAGAUACGUUCUUCAGAAUAUUGAGAUUCGUAUUGAAUUAGCCAUUUUAAAGACUGAUAACUUCAAUAAGAUUAUUAAAUGUUUUAUUGAAGAUGAAAAAGUCAUGUUAAAAUUAGCAAUUAAAUUAUUCACAGAUGGUCAGAUGACAUAUAUCACAAUUAUCACUAUAAGUGGACCUCUCUUUAUGUGUUUAAGAGAAUUUAGAAAAAAUUAG